AUGGUUUCCCGAGCCGACCGCGAAAUCCUGCGCGCGGAAAUCCGCUCGCGCGGCGGCAAGCUUAAUGCCGCCGAUCGUGAGAACCUGUUGAAGCCAUAUUUGCCUGACCCGGCCGAGCUGGCGAGCUCGAGCUCGAGCUCGAGCCCACCGCGGCGAUCCCGCGCCUCAACCUCGUCCUCCCAACGCCGCCAGAAGCCUCGCAAGAAGCCCGUCCGCACGUUCCUAAAAUCACAACUGCAUCAUUUGACCUACGCGAUCACCCAUAUAGUCUUCGGGAUUGUGGUGCGCCUGCUCCAGGCCUACCAUGCCAUCGUGGAUCGGGUCUUCGCCAUCGUCUACCACCACCACCGCACGCCCGAGCUGAUCCGCAAGGAUGUCCGGGGUUUGAAGCGGCUGCCACAGCACCUGAGUGUGAUCCUGACGCUGCAAAAGGAGGACGAUGCACUGUCCGUGUUAAUGGACGAAGUGGCCGAGCUGGCUGCCUGGAGUACCUGCGCGGGGAUUGCACAGCUUAGUGUAUACGAGAAGUCCGGCGUCCUCAAAUCCUGCAUCCCGGCCUUGCACGAGAUCAUCUCCACCAAGCUGGCCUCGUACUUCGGCACGCCCUCUCAACAGCCUUCCCUGCAGCUCUUUGCCCCCCACCACCCCGUCCACGGCAACGCACCAGACCCCAAGUCCGAAAGCCCAUCCCUGACCCUCCUCCUCCUGUCUUCGACGGAUGGCCGCGAAACCAUCGUCGACCUGACCAAGACCCUGGCCGAGAUGUCGCAACACGGCAAGUUGGCGCCCGAGGAUAUCACGCCGGAACUGGUGGACGCGGAGAUCAGUGAAAUCACCACCCUGCCACUACAAGCGGGUAGUGACGGUCGUGCAUCUAACACUCUGAAACCCGAGCCAGAUCUUCUGCUGGUGUUCGGUCCCUUCUUGAAGCUGGACGGCUACCCGCCGUGGCAGAUUCGGUUGACGGAGAUGUACUGCACCGGCGACCGCAGUCACGGCAUGACUGGCUAUGGGGAGGCGGUCGAGUACCAAGGCUUUAUGCGGGGGUUGUGGCACUAUGCUGGAGCACAGAUGCGGUUUGGUCGCUGA